AGAAAGAUGCGUUAAGAUCACGAUCUCUUCAAACACGGUCCAUCGAACGAAUUGUGGAUAUAAAACAUAAGGAAUUCAGAUAUAUGUUAGAAACAUGUCCAAAUCUAAAGGUUUUGAUAAUAAAAAAUACCGAUUUUUCUAAAACUGAUCUUAGGAAAGUGCUGCAACCUCUGAAACAAUUAAUAUCCUUGACAAUCAUUAAUGGUGGAAUAAGCCAGAUGACUCCUCUUAAUGAUUUUACAAACCUUAGAUACAUCAUUUUACAGCUAUAAUAAAAUUAAGGAAAUCCAAGGAGACGUUUAUCAAAAUCUAUCCCAUUUCAAUACAUUAGUUCUUCAAAACAAUAUUUUGAGUAAUAUCAAUAAAACAUUUUUGCCACGCGUUCUCUGGGAGAAGAAAGAUUUCUUUCUUCAUGUAUCCUUUAAUCCCUUUGACUGUGGAUGCCAGCUGGAGUGGUUCAGAGUAUGGAUAGAAAACAACAAAAACAGAGCGAUUGGGUACCCAAACAACUAUAUUUGUCAUUCCCCAGCUGAGUUAAAGGAGAAAAGCCUAUCGAACUUUGAUCCAGUUUCGGAGUGUCACAAAAUAAACCCAUAUAUCAUUCUAUCCUUUACUUCCUGUGGACUUUUGUCAGUUGUGAUCUUCACUACUGUUCUCUUAAGAAAAUUUCGCUGGGAUAUCAAAUAUUAUAUAUACAUCUGCAAAAACAGAAAACCAUUGGGAUACAAAAGAUUUACCAAUGAUGAAAAAUUUUUAUAUGAUGCUUUUAUUGCCUACAACACAAACGACAGAAAAUGGAUCAUGUCGGAACUGGUUCGAAUGCUCGAAAGAAACCACAUAUAUAAACUCUGUCUACACGAAAGAGAUAUCAUUCCAGGGGGAGUUUAUGUGGAGAACAUCCUCGAAAGUAUCGACACGAGCAGGAAGUUAAUGUUGGUUCUCUCCAAUAAUUUUAUGGAUGAUCAGUGGUGUAAGUAUGAGACAGCUAUGGCAAGUCACACUCUGGCAGACGGGGACGGUCAUAAGCUUUUUCUAGUGUUACUGGAGGAUAUACACUCCGAACACAUCAACAGAUCCCUGAAAGUGCUCCUCAAGUCUAUACCUCAUGUCGAGUGGACGGAAAAUAAAACAGGGCAGAGAAUGUUUUGGGAGACAAUCAAGAAAUUCAUGGACGACAAUUGAAAGGCAAAAUACGUGUACUUUUUGAGAUGAAAUCUGUUAUCUUUUUUUGUU